AUCGCCCUAUUCUUCCUUUGGUGGAGGAAAAUAUUUACCUUAAAAAGAAAAACAAAAUUAUCUGCCAACAUUUAGAAAGCUGUGUCAAUUUUAUACUAGUUUAACACAGAUCUUUAGUUAUUGGAAAUAGAGUUUAUAUAGUUAAAGGAAUUAUCAGAAAUACUUUAUAGUUAUCAAAAAUUCUAAAGAAAAAGGCCAUGGAUGUAGAGAUUCAGGACACGCCUGGAAAGAUAAAUAUCUCUAAAAGAUCCAUCCUUUCAGGAACUGUUGAGAAUAUAGAUUACCCACACUAUUAUGAUCUCUUAAGAAAAAUGAACAUGCCUUUUGUGAAAGGUUUUGAGAACAGACAUAACUAUGGCAGAUUUGAAAAGAAAUGCAACCCUACUUUUCUUAAAUUUCACCCUUAUCCCCCUUCAGUUUUGCCAGACUAUCAUUUACAUUAUCCUUAUCCCCCACCAUAUGGGCCACAUUAUCCAUUAUUUCCACUUCGGGAUGAUGUGCCCUUACGUGAUUCCUGUUCAGGGUUUAUGAGUCCUGGUGGUGAUGCUGAUUUAAAUCCUGGCAUUGGCAGAACCAUACCAACCCUAGUGGAUUUUAGUGAUGUGAAACCUCAACAUCGAGUUCCCAGACCAGACACAGAAUUUCAAACAACAAUAAAAAGGCAAAAAAAUCUAUCAGAAGAACUGCAACAAAACAGGAGAUGGAAUUCCAGGGAAGUACCAGACAUUUCUAUCAGAGCAAGACUUGGAGGUUGGACAAGCCCUCUGAAAGUCACUCCUUUACAACCUCAUCAUGAAGGACGCUCAAUAAGUCACAUAUUUACAUUUGAUGAGGAGGCAACAUGUACAGAUGAAGGUGAACCACUUGUUCAAACAAACAAGAAAUGUAAUGCAAAGGACUCAUUUUACAAGUCCUCUACACAAAAAGCUUAUGAAGAUGUUCCUUGGGAUAUGAUGCUACCACCAAAACUUGUUCCAGAACAAACAACAUUGGAAAAAGCCGCUGACCCCAUCUCACAGUGUUUUACUCUGAAAAGAUAUAAAGGGGUGCCAACAAUAACUCAGAUGGUUGGUGAGCUCUGGGACAGAUUUCAAACAAGAUCUUUCUUGGCACCAGUCAAACCAAUUAAUUUUGUGAGUUCAAGUUCUAGAAGUAAAUAUAUUCCUCUCUAUACUGGUCAUGUGCAGUCUACAAAUGCUGAUGAUGUUGACAACCCCUUGGGAGACAUGGCAUCGCUAGCCAAGCAGCGGUGCUCUAAGCCUCUUUAUACAAACACAAGUCGUGCUGCAAAUAUUCCAGGAUAUACCGGCAAGGUUCAUUUCACAGCCACCCACCCAGCAAAUUCUAAUAUUCCAUCAACAAACAUAUCAUCAGAUUCAGAACUGCGCCGCGUCUUACAGAAAGAAAUGGCAGUUGACCUCUUCCGUCACCAGGCUCCACUGUCUCGACUGGUCACAACUGUGAGACCAUACAACCCCUUCAACAAGAAGGACAAAGAAACCAUAGACUACUAGAGGAGGUGGCCCUGCGCGGGCUGUCCAGCUCUCCGCCUGGGGAAGGCUUGUGCGCCGGUGGGAAAUAAAGGCGGCUUCUCCGCGCAGUGCAGUGUGGUGGGGUCGGUGCUGUUCUC